AUGCCUUCUUCCAUUCCAUAUGAUCCCAGCCUUGUGAUGGGCCAGAUUGUCAACAAGGAAGCCCUCCAAAAUGUCGAAGAUAUUGCUGGAUACGAAGCACCUGCCGAUGCGGCUCAAGACAAAUACAACGGGCUCUUGGCAUCGAAGCGAAGUCUUGAUAUGACACUCAUAGAGCUUACUGGUCUAAAACUCGGUGAAGAUGCCCUCAAGCCACUUCAGCAAGAAAUCGAGGCUUUCAAUAAAGAUGUUGCUCUAGCGGCGGUUGACUAUGCCAAAGCAAAAAUCGUAUCUGAACAAAACAUUGCAAAAGUCCGCGCCAAAAUUCCGCAAGUUCAUGUGCAGUGGGAGAGCCCGGUAGAUUACAACAGAACGGGAUACAAGACAUUUCCUCUUGCUGCCGAUUCUAUAAACUUGGACGUCCAAUACUUUUCUACAGAGACAAAUGAUCAAAAGUCUCAAUCUUCAGCAGACGAUAUAGCUUCAUUUGCGACAGCAAAGAUGGAGAAACUAGGAGCGAAACGCACGGCUGAGUUCGCCGCCAAUGUGAAGAGUCAAGUUAGUAGCCAAAGAGAAAAACACGACAUCGAAGGCACUCUUGUCAUAGCUGCCACCUGCACGCACAAGAAUGCCACAGUCUUGGCUCCAUUCAUAAUGAAUGUAGAUAAAGCAAUCAAGGUUUGGAAUCAGAUGCAUCCGGAUCAAAAAGAUCGAAUCAAUCCAACAAGUCCCGCGGCAAUGCUGCAGCUCGCCGAAGAGAUUGAGUCACCGGAAGGUGUUGACGGCAAAGGCAAGCCCUCAAUGACCAUCAUCUCAGGCGUAACGUACGGAUCCAGCUUUGUCGGAAUGGUUCAUAUCUUGAGAUCGAGCUCGACUAUGGCCAGUGAGAAAUUGAAAAGUAUCGCCUCAAAGGCUCAGGUGCAGUUAGAAGUGGGCGCGUUUUUUAAUAAAAUGCAAGGAGGUUUUGGCGUCGAUGCGAGCUUUUCCAACGACGUCAAGAAUCUGCUCAGCACACAGAAUGUUCAGUCGCACGUCACCAUGACCUGCAUGGGCCUGAUUCCAACUUUGAAAUCCAACGAAAUACAACUGGGAGUCAAACAAUUUGCAAGCUUCGAUCCAAGGUCAUCUAUGGAACAGAUCCAGGAGAUUCAAAACGCCACAGUCGCAGAUCAGGCAACUGUUGACAGCGCUGCAGCAGCAGCAAGAACAGGAGGAGAGAUGGUUGCUAUGCAAGGCGGAAAAGUGAAAGCCGCAUUGUCGGCACUUGGAGAUAUCGACAAGGAAAAUAACAAAAUUCUAGACAUCAACUCCAUGAUGGAAGCGCUCGACGACUACAUUGCAAAAGCUGCCAAUCUCACCGGUGGCGUUCCCAUUAACUACUAUCUGAAGCCAAUCACUAAGGAUAUGCUGGCGGAAAUGUGGAUUUCCAAGUACUACCCAGGCGAGUAUAUGCAAAUCAAAGGUGAUGAUAGCGAGGACUCUAAGAAGCCUGGAGAUAAUAAUAACUCCUCUUCGAAUAACAACAAUACUACUAGUGGUGGGGAUGAGAAUGAAGAUAGUUAG